GAGUUCUAUAGAAUGUGAACGAGGAGGGGGGAGAGAGAGAGAGUGGUUUGAGCGGACCUUUGGGGAAACAGUCCGUCCGUGGGGGGAUUGGAACACAAUCACUACAGAACUCCUCACGCUAUGAUUCAACGGCGCAUUCCUGAAAAGACCAUUCACAGCAUGGCACUGAAAGAGAGACUUUCGCCAAAGGGCAAAUGUUGCGGUUACCUGUAUCCCAAAAUCCCAUGGAUUUUUAACUGAACAAGAAAAAACACCCAACGAACAUCAAGUUAAGCAUCUUAAGAAGAAUAUAAAAAUAGGAUAGCAAAGAUGCAGGGGGACCUGGGCUCCCAGAGGAGUUUCAGUGUGUUGGACCGCCUCCUCCACACACACCCUAUCUGGCUGCAGCUGUCAAUCAACGCUGACUCCGCCCUCUACAUCUUGCUCAGAGAACCUGUCGGGACGUUCCUGGUGCGUAAAUGCAGCUCCAGCCAGAGGAAGAUGUUGUGUGUCCGAGUGACACCUGACAGGGCAGCGUCCUCCAUCAAGGAGUGUCUCAUAUGUGAGGAGGACUCAACCUUCGCCCUGGAGAGCUCCGCCCUCAGCUUCCCAGACCUCUGCCGAUUGGUGGCCUUCUACUGCAUCAGCAGAGAUGUGCUGCCUUUCCCUUUGGAGCUCCCAGAAGCCAUUGCUCAGGCCUCUUCCCACAGAAAGCUGGAGGCCAUCUCUCAUAUGGGAUUAGAGUUCUGGUGUCCCCUGUCAGACACCCAGAAUGGACCAGGGUGGCAGGCUCCACCCACCAUCAUUAAGGCCCCACCCAGCACCACCAAGGCUCCACCCAUCAGUGCCACCCAGGUCAAGGCAGGUCUGUCCCAGGACCUGUGUUACUUGCUGUCCUGCGGCAGACAGGAGUCUCUCUGCUUCAUCAACCCACUCUUCCUACAGGUGGAGCAGCAGCAGCAACAGCAGCCAACCCAGGUGGCGUCACACAAACGCCACCGCUUCAAACGCAGUAUGAGGGUCCGUGUCUCCACCGAGAACUCCAUGACUCUGUCUGGUGGUGGGGGGGCUGGGUCGUUCCCUUCCUCAGUCCCAGAAGACCCCCAGGACCAGGAGAGGCUCCAGCCCACCCCCCUCCAGCCCAGUCCCAACCCACACAGGAAGAUCCAUCCUGGGGCUGGCGUCCUGAGGAGGACCCCUGCACUGUCCCCGACGUCGGCAGAGGAUGAGGAUCUCGUGCCAAUAAAUGUACCGCCACCGGUAAAGGCUCCAACAGAACCUCCGGUGGUGGAGGUAGAGGAGGACCUUCCUGCUCCAGAGGAGCCCAGCAUCGAGGUGGCGUGCCUGGCCUUGGAGGGCCGCCCGGCCCCCUCUCUGGCCGAACUGGACAGCAGCAGCUCAUUCAGCAGCCUGGAGGAAGAGGAACCAGAACCAGAGGACCAGUUCUUUAAACAACCAAAUCACAACCCCCAGCACCGCCCGCCCAUGGUGCGCUCACGGGGGGGCCACGGAGGCCUGCACAGGAUGAGUGCGGCGUUUGUGUGUUUCUUCGCUCCAGAGAAGAGGCUCGCCAGGCUGGUGGAGGAGCUGUCCAGGGAUCGGAGGUCUGCGUUUGGUUCCCUGGUCCAGGAGUUCAUCCAGAGACAGAGAGAGGAGCUGAGAGAGGUCCUGGCGCAGGCUGCAUCAUCGUCUUUCUCAUCGACGACCUCCGUGGGGGUGCUCCGGGGGCUGCGGCGCUUCCUGUCCCAGGCCAAUUGCUUCCUGCUGGACAGCGGAGAGCUGUCACCCCCCCUAGAGACCCUGGUGCCUGACAAUGAGAAAGACUUAGCCCUGGAGAAGGCCAUGUUUGGCUGUGUGCUGAAGCCUCUGAGGGUGCUGCUUGGCCAGGCCCUCCUCUCCCUCCACAGACAGGACGGCUCCACCCAGCGCCUGGCCUGCAGUCUCCUGGACUGCCAAGAGGGGGCGAUGGAGCACCUUGGGGUGCUUGUGGGCGUGCCCGACACCCGUGGCGUGGAGAGGGUGAGGCAGAAGCUGGCUCUCAUGCAGCGCACCCACUCGCCCAUAGACAAGAUGCUGCUGCUUCUGCAGAUGUGCAAGGCGGUCCAGAAAGCCAUGGGGGCCCUCCACGACGGUGGACAGGAAGUGAGCUCGGCGGACUUCCUGCCGGCGCUGUCCUAUGUGAUAGUGAUGUGUAACACACCUCAGAUCCUACUGGAGGUGGAGUACAUGAUGGAGCUGCUGGAGCCCUCCUGGCUCACUGGGGAGGGUGGGUACUACCUGACCAGCGUCUAUGCCAGCCUGUGUCUGAUCCAGAGCCCGGAGGCGGAGGGGGACCAAGUCCCCCCAGGAGGUCUGACUCGUGAGGCACAGGAUGGGCUGAGGGAGUGGGGCCGCAGACGCAGCCUGGAAGCCAAGAGCCACCAGGAGAGACAACAGAACCAGAGGUGCGUUCGGGUACUGUUCCAGGACGGCGGGCGCAGUGCUGUGCGGACGCUGCAGUGGAGAGCCGGCGAGAGCAGCGAGGCCCUGGCCCAGCUCUGUGCCUCCACCUUCGCCGUCUCCGAGCCCCAGGACUACACCCUCUACUGGAGGUCCGGGGGGGAGAUGAGGACCCUUCCCACCCAGGCACAGCCUAAGGAUCUGGCCAGCCACAGCGAGGGAGGCCCCUCUCUCUCCUACCUCCGCACGGACCACGACUUCAGCAAGAUGCGGCGGCUGACCAGGGGGGGAGCUGUGGACCUGGAGGAGUCUAUGUGUGAGGAGUGAUUGAGGGAAGGAGAGAGGAAGAGAGGGAAGGGUAAUUCUCGGAUCUCAGCGUUUUUCGAUUGGUUGAUUGAUUAAAAAAGAUGUGUUGUGUCUUGGACGUGUUGUCAUAACUACAGCCCACACUAAAGACUAAGGGGCAAGUCUCAAAUGGCACCCUAUUCCAUAGUGGAGGUUUAAAGGUAGUGCACUGCACUACAUGUUGGUUGAAAGUAGUGCACUAUAUGGGGAAUAUGGUGCCAAAUGUAGUGCACUAUAUGGAGAAUAGGGUGUCACUUGAUACAGCCUUAGAUAAAGGGGAGGUUGGUAGUCUAUUAUUCACAUCACUUCUGUGCAUCAGUCUGCUGCUCCCUGGUUGGAACCAUAGAAUUAGAAUGAAUUCUAUGUCUAUGUUCGGAACCCUGUUAUUGAGGGUUGGGGUGGGGGGCUAAACCACUAGCUACCAGUAUGUCCUUUGUACAAGCAACAUAAAUAUUUUUUACAAGACCAAACCUCAAUACCAAAGUUAAGAAAGUAAAGUCAUACACAUAGGAAUGUGUGAAGCUUAAAGGAUAAUCUUUACUUUAACGUAAGAUGGACGUGGUUCUUUUGACUUAUUUACAGUGUUACGGAUAUAGGAGUAAAUAAGAGCCAAUACAAGCAAACGCCAUGAAGCCAUUUUGUGAUUCUGGGUCUGAGGUACUGUUGAUGUUGACGCUGCCAUCUCUCGUCACAUAUUGUCGACAGUUGACAGGGUGGGGGAAAAUAUUCUAAACUUUACAAAUAGACAACAUGUAUGAGGACUUUUGUUAAAUGGCACAAUAUCUCCUUGUUUUACCAACUGAAUUUCACUUUACGAUAAGAAAGGGACAUAUAUCAGAAUAAUACCUUUUUUUAUGUUUUACUUUCAAUUAUUGUUUCUAUGGAACUGCUAUAACAUUCCAUGAAAAAAGGAGCUUCUCAGAGAAAAGACAAUCUGUGACAACGGCCAAUAAAAAUGGGACCACGCUAUACCUCAUGGUGAUUGGUUGAAUGUAAAGUCACCAUGGUGACUCCUCCUGCUGCAGGUCAUCUUUGUCAACUGACUGUUCAACUCAAUGUUAUUAUUUUCAAAAAAACACUUAUGAUAAUGUAUUAUUACAAUAAUUGUUUAAAAUGUGGAAUAGUUAUAUUUAAUAUGAAUCACAAGUUUGUUUAUGAAAGUGAAAUAUUUUACUUAGUGAAAGUUUUCAUUGGACGACGGUUAAUUUAAAGACGAACAAUGGCACAUUCUCUGAAGACUAUUGCAUGCUGAUUUAAUUUUAUGUAAAGAACCUGCAGGUUUCGUAUGUGAUGCAUGUGUUGAUUGUGUUGAAAAAUGCAACAUUAUGGCAUUCACUACUUCUUUUAAUGUAUAACACAUUGCUGUAUUAUGUCCAGAAUUACAAAAUCGCAAUAAAAUUGCAAUAUCUGUUCAUAGUGCUGUUACAUGAUGUAUUCUUUGUUUAUCAGUGUUUGCUGCCUAAAAUAUGUACAGUAAUAUCAUGAUGAAGUUAUAAUGCAGAGGAAAUGUUACAAGUCAGAACUGCGAGACAGCUAAUUACUAUUCUUAUAUAUCAGACAGAUUCUGGCAACCUCAAACCACAACGGUCACAAAAUCUUUGACUAAUCAUAUUCUCUACACUGUCGGAAUAAACAAAUAUGGCUAUUUUUCCAACUGUGUUUACACAAAUGAUUGGUGACCGAGAAUAAGUGAUAACUAACAUUCUUUAAAGACACAAAGAUAUAGUCCAAUACUGAAGGGCAAUUCAGUCAUGAAAGACCAUAACAUUCACUUUAUUCAAUUUGGCAUUUAGAUUAAAGUCAGUUGUGUUUCUUUUCAUAUGCAUUUGAAACAA